CAGGUUACAAGGAGAAGUUUCAACGAAACUUAGCACAAAAGUACAUUAUACUCUGAUUUUUGUGCAAUAGAACAAUUUCUGUAACAUCUCUGGUGCAUCUCUGCCUCCUUGGUUCUUUCCAUUAUGGAUUUAUUGUGUCUGGGUUUUUUUACACUGGUUUUGCUGGCACAGACUCCAAGAAUCACUACUGCUGAUCCAGGCAAUACAACUGAGACUGCCACCCUGGACAACACAACUACAGCUGCCACCCUGGACAACAUAACUAAAGCUGCUACCCUGGACAGCACAACUACAGCUGCCACCCUGGACAACACAACUACAGCUGCCACCCUGGACAACAUAACUACAGCUGCCACCCUGGACAACACAACUACAGCUGCCACCCUGGACAACAUAACUACAGCUGCCACCCUGGACAACAUAACUACAGCUGCUACCCUGGACAGCACAACUACAGCUGCCACCCUGGACAGCACAACUACAGCUGCCACCAUGGACAACAUAACUACAGCUGCUACCCUGGACAACACAACUACAGCUGCCACCCUGGACAGCACAACUACAGCUGCCACCCUGGACAACAUAACUAAAGCUGCUACCCUGGACAACACAACUACAGCUGCUACCCUGGACAACACAACUACAGCUGCCACCAUGGACAACAUAACUACAGCUGCCACCCUGGACAGCACAACUACAGCUGCCACCCUGGACAACAUAACUACAGCUGCUACCCUGGACAACACAACUACAGCUGCCACCCUGGACAACAUAACUAAAGCUGCUACCCUGGACAGCACAACUACAGCUGCCACCCUGGACAACACAACUACAGCUGCCACCCUGGACAACAUAACUACAGCUGCUACCCUGGACAACACAACUACAGCUGCCACCCUGGACAACACAACUACAGCUGCCACCCUGGACAACACAACUACAGCUGCCACCCUGGACAACAUAACUACAGCUGCCACCCUGGACAACAUAACUACAGCUGCCACCCUGGACAACACAACUACAGCUACCACGCAGGCUGCCACCACCACUACUGCUACAACUACCAAACAGGCUGCCACCACCACCACUACAGCUACCACACAGGCUGCCACCACCACUACUUCUACAACUACCAAACAGGCUGCCACCACCACCACCACUACAGCUACCACACUUCCUAUACAGGCUGCCACUGCCAAUACCACUGGCACUCCAAACACCAACAGUACAGCUACUAUCCCAGCCAACGCCACUACAGCUGCCACACAGGACAACAUUACAACUCUAACCCAAAGCAUCACAACAACAGUGACUACCACCACUGCAAAUGGAGGAUCGGAGGUGAAAGCUUCUGUGCUUUGUCUUGUUUUUCCACUCUUGCUCUACAUGCCUUGUGUUUAAUUGUCUGUGAAGCUUGCAUACAUUAAUUGUAGAUGCACUCUAAUCACGGAAACAAAGGACAACAUCUAAGGUAAAUCCUGACCCCUUUUUGUUUUGUACACAAAAUAUAUGUAGACUUAUCCUAAUCUUAUGUGCUCUGCAUUGUAUUUCUUAAAUAUACAGGGGAACAGAACCAUGCAGUAGAAUA